AUGAGAGUAAUAAGGUCACUUUUAUUAUUAACCAUUGCAAUUAUUGGUAGUGUUUUAUCACAAAGUAGCAUUGACGAUGGAUAUACUGUAUUUUAUUCACAACCAGAUAACUAUUAUGUUAAACCAGGUACAUUUUCAAAUGGUGUUGCACAAGCAAUAUUCUCCAAUGAAAUGAUGACUACAGGUUGGUCAUUUAUGAGUAUUAGCUCAUCAGAGGGACUUUAUCCAAACGAUAUCAUUGCAGCAGGUGCAGGUUAUUUAGAAGGUUAUAUUUCCCAAGAAAUGAUUUACCAAAAUUGGAUGAACAUGUACAAUAACGAAUACCACAAUGUAAUUGGAUCAGAUGUUGAGAAUUGGAUUCAAGAGAAUUUACAAUACUUACAAACAAUGAUUGACAGUGCACCAUCAAAUGAUUUAUAUUGGCAAAAUGUUGAAACUGUUUUAACUCAAAUCACAUAUAUGCAACGUGGUUACAACCAAUCCGUCAUUGAUAAUGGUGUUGACGCUUCACAAUCAUUAGGCAUCACAGAAUUUUUCUUAAUGAAUAUGGAUGGUGAUAUGAUUGACCUUGGUCCAGCCCUCAACCUUACCAACGGUAAACAAGUUACCUCCCCAGCCACUGCCACUUCACCAAAACAAGCUUUCAAAGAAUUUAUGAGAAGAACCGGUCAUUGUUCAGCUUUAAUUAAAAUGACUGAUGAUUUAAGUGAUCUUUUCUCUGGUCAUACUACUUGGUCUUCAUAUUAUGAAAUGGUUAGAAUGUUUAAAGUUUAUAAUCUUAAAUAUUUAUUUAAUGGUCAACCACCAGCAUCAAAAGUCACAAUGUUUUCAGGUUACCCAGGUACUCUUAGUUCAAUUGAUGAUUUCUAUUUAUUAGAUACAAAGAUUGUUGUAAUUGAAACUACAAAUGGUUUAAUGAAUAAUAAUCUUUAUCAUUUAAUUACAUCAGAAUCUGUUCUUUCAUGGAUAAGAGUUAUCGUUGCCAAUCGUUUAGCUACUGGUGGUGAAUCUUGGUGUCAAACUUUUUCAUUAUAUAAUUCUGGUACUUAUAAUAAUCAAUGGAUUAUUGUUGAUUAUAAUAAAUUUAUUAAAGGUUAUGGUGCAUUAGAUGGUACACUUUAUAUUUUAGAACAAGUACCAGAUUACGUUGAAUAUGGUGAUCAAACAGCAAUUUUACGUACUGGUUAUUGGCCAUCAUUUAAUAUUCCAUUCUAUGAGAAUAUUUAUGGUUUAACUGGUUUCAAUGAAACUUAUGCACAAUUUGGUAACUGGUUCUCUUAUCAAGCAAGUCCAAGAUCAAUGAUUUUCAAACGUGAUGCUAAUAACAUUCAUUCAUUAACUCAAUUCCAAGCUAUGCUUCGUUAUAAUAACUGGCAAAAUGAUCCAUUCUCACAAGGUAAUGCUGGUAAUCAAAUUAGUAGUCGUUUCGAUUUAGUCACUGCUGACGACCCAAAUAAUCAAUACCUUGAUCCUGAUGCUUUCGGUGGUAUCGAUUCAAAAGUUGUUUCAGCUGAUAUGGUUGCUGCUCUUUUAGUAAAUGCUCAAUCUGGUCCAUCUCAUGAUAAUGAAACUCCAUUCACUUGGAAUUCACAAUGGAAUCAAAAAUACACUUAUGCUGGUCAACCAACUACUUGGAAUUUCGAUUGGAUGACAAUGUCCUUACAAUCAAUGAAACCUGCUUCACCUUCUUCUGAUUCUUCUUCUGAUUCAACAACUUUUAAUUAA